AUGGAGGCACCUGUGCCAGCAGACAGGGUGAGCCAGCGCAUCCCCCUGAGGCUGGAAGGAGGCCAGGAUUUGACAGGAGUUUCUUGGGGAGUGGCUGUCCUGCUGCAUCCUGGCUCCGGCCUGUGCCCCCUGGGCCCUGUGCUCCCCAGGUCCUAUGCUCACUGUCCCGGGCAGCGGAGGAAACGGGGACAGGCUCUGGGCAGGACACCCAACCAAGACCUGAGUGAAACCAAGCGCUCAGACAUCGCGGGGCCCCACGGAGCAGAGGAGAGGGAGGGCGCGUGCGGCGGCCAGCGGUCAGGGCUGCAAGCCAGCAGCCUAGCCCCUGCCCCCGGUACACGCUCCUCCCAAACUAACGGCUCAGACCCGGAGCGUGGUCACAGCAGCCGCUUCCGGUGCCCAGACUCAGGCUCCUGGGUCUCCGGUCCGGGGGCAGGAGCGGGAUCCCCACCGCACAGGCUGCGCGCGUGCCCCAGACACUCGGUUCACUGGAAGCAGUCGCGCUUCAUCGAGGCUCACCGAGGCUGGACUCUCCCAGCUGGUCUGCGUGAGUUUAUACCUCGUUUGAUCCCCUUCGAACCUAAGAAGCAGGCAGACGGCUGUUUUAGGGAAGGGCAAGGAAGGGCACAGCCGGCAGCAGAGGAAAGCUACCUCCUCACCACCACACUUCCCUCCAUACUAUGCGGUGAUGUGUCCCUCGAGCGACUCCGGCCCACACUGGAGCCCGGGGGCCUCCGCAGAAGCCGCUCCCUCAGGCACAUAAGAAAAAAGUUUAAAACCAAGCUGAUGCCCUGGGGGCCGGCACGGCGAGCGGCCCAGCACCCACCUUACCCGGCGCGCCCAGCCCCCGGGCAACCAGCGAGGUCCCGGGAGGCAUCCCGCGCGCGGCGCCCCGCAGACCGCACGACAAAGCGGGGCGGCCGGGCUGGGUGCUCGUCGCUUCCUGUUUAUUCCGCCGCGAGGGUCACAGAAAUCCUGCCCACGCCUGCCUUUUUUUCGGGCUCGGGGCGCAGUCUAAGGGCCAGCGGCGCCCGGACCAGCGGGAGACUCUGCAGCCCCCGCCCGGCGCAGCGCGCGCAACACCCGAAAGCGCGGGGUCCAGGGUCCUCCCGCCCCGCAAACUCGGGCAGGUCCCGCACAACCUGCCCGCGGACCCCGCCUCCCCCACCGCGCCGCGGCGGCGCACAACCGCGCGGGGCACCAGGAAGCCGACGGCUCGGUGGGGGCCGCCGUCCUGCGCCCGCCCCCGGGAGCGCCGGGCGCCGCAGUGCCCAGCGCGACCCUGGAGAGGGCGCCGACGGCAGGGAUCGAGGACAUCCCGUUCCAGCGUCCCGUCCUCCCGCCCGCGCCCCCGCCCCGAACUUCGCCGGACGCCGCAGCACCCGGUCUGUCUUUACCUGCCGCCGCGGCUUUGCAGUGAGUCGGCGAGCGCCCGGGGUCGACGGGGGACGGCAGGAUGCUUUAAGGGCCCGGAUCGGCCCGGGCUCCCCGCGCUCCCCGCCCCCUUCCACGCUCCCGGGACGCGCAGUCGGCCUGGCGGCGGCGGCUCCUCCCCGAUCCGCAGGGGAUCCCCGGCCUCGCUGGCCGGUCCGCAACGCCGGGCGGGGAAGCGGGAGACAGUGCCGUCUCCGCCUCCGCGCCGUCUGUCUCCCGCCGGCCUGCUCGCUGCGGCAGCGUCUGCCUCGCGGUCCGCCGGCCUCUCCACCCUCCCCAUCCCCCUCCAAGCGGGACCGGCGGCGGCCGGGCGGGCGGGGCGGGGGCGGGGUGGGCCGUCCGGACCCCGAGCGGGCAGCGCCGACCUCCGCUGACCGCGGCCACAGAGCAGGGAGAGCGGGCGGCCAGACCGCGGGACCCCCGGCUGCGCACGAGGCUCGCCUCGGCCUGGCGGGGCGCGCGCCCACCGCCGGCCGGACGGGGAACUCCAUCCUGGAGCCGGAGACGGCGGCGGGGGCCGCGCACGCCCCUGGUAACCUGUUAUCCCACACAGGCCCAGACGCACAGUAG